CUCCUGUCAAACGCGGUGACGGAGGCCGAAGAGAAAAAAAGGCGGGAGCCACCAAUCCUAGGUGGAGCAAAAUGGCGCGGGAGAACGAGAUGCAGGAGUUCAUCCGUGGCUUCUUCCGAGGCCGUCCGGACCUCAGCACGCUCACGCACUCCAUCGUGCGGCGGAGGUUCUUGGCUCACGCGGGCCGCGACCACCUGGAACCUGACGAGAAGCAGACGCUGAAGCGGCUGGUGGAGAAGGAGCUGCUGAAGGUGCAGGUGGAUGAAGCAGAAGCCAGGGAAGAGACGCUGGAUCUUGCCAAGAAGGCAAAGAGGCCUCCCACCCCCAGCAGUGACCCCGGGAGGAAAAGGUUCCGUUUCAAUUCGGAGUCAGAGCCCGGCUCUGCAGCCUCCAGUCCAGACUGCUUUGGCCCCCCAGCAAAGAAUGGGAUGGUGGCAGCAGAAGUCAGUCCAGCUGAGGAGGAGAGUACAAAGCGAGUCUCAAAGAAAGCAGUUGAGGAGAGCAGUGAUGAGGAAGAACAGCAGAGGGACCUGGCUGCAAAGACUGGAUUAGAGAAGGUGGAGGCCAAGGAGAGCAGUGAGGAGGAGGAAGAGGGCUCUGCCAGAACAAGUAAGGUCUCAAAGGAAGAGAGCAGUGAGGAAGAUGAGGAAGAGGAGGAGGAGUCUAAAGGCAGGAUUAGGAAGGAACCUCUGACAAGGAAUAAGCAGGCACCAGGGAAAACCUCAGCCAGUAGGAAGCAGGCCAGGGAGGAGAGUGAGGACAGUGAGGAGGAACCUAUCCAGAGGACAAGAAAGAAGGCAGAGGGAAAGAAAGGAGCUAAAAGCCACCAGGAAAGUGAAAAGGACAGUGAGGAGGAGGACACCCUAGCCAAAAAGAAAGAUAACAGAGAGGAAGAGGAGAAUUGGAAAGCUGGAGCCUGGGGCAAUGGAGGGAAAAAGUCAGCUUGGGAGGAGAGGAGCUGUAAGCAGAAAAGCAGGGCAGCAAGACUGCUGGGAGACUCGGGGGACAGAGAGGAAGAAAAGGAAAAAGCAAGAGCAGGCAGUGGGGAUAACAGCGGGGAAGACGAAGAGCCCCUGGUGCAGAGGAAGAGAAAGGACAGGACCCCACAGAAGGGUGGGAAAAGGCAGAGUGGAAGCAGUGAGGAUGAGGAAGACAGCUGGAAAAAGGUGAAACCAACUACUGAAGGCACUGGAAAGACCGCCAAAGUGGGCAGUAUCAGUGAUAAGGCAAGCGACUCGGAGAGGGAGGUGAGCGACAGUGAAGCAGGGGGAAGCCCUAAGGGGGAGAGGGAGAACCACUCUUUCAAGAAGAGCUCCAGGAAAGGCAGGACACGAAGCUCCUCCUCCUCUUCCACAGAUGGCAGUCCGGAACCCAAAGGCAGGAAGGCUGGCUCUGGUCGCCGCGGUGAGGACCACCCAGCUGUGAUGAGGCUAAAGCGUUACAUUCGGGCCUGUGGUGCCCAUCGCAACUACAAGAAGCUGCUGGGCCCCUGCCGCUCACACAAGGAGCGCCUCAGUGUCCUCCGGGCAGAACUGGAAGCCCUGGGCAUGAAGGGUAACCCUUCCUUAGAGAAGUGCCGGGCCCUGAAGGAGCAGCGGGAGGAGGCGGCCGAGGUGGCCUCCCUGGACGUUACCAACAUCAUCAGUGGUUCAGGCCGGCCUCGAAGACGCACGGCUUGGAACCCUUCAGGUGAAGCAGACCCCCCAGGGGAGCUAUACCGCCGGACUUUGGGCUCAGAGGAUGAGCAGCCCCGUGCCCCACCCCCAGACUGGUCACAUAUGCGUGGCAUCAUUAGCAGUGAUGGAGAGAGUAACUGAGCUCCUGCCCUUCCCCAGGCGGCUUUCCACAUGCAGAAAGCAGAUACAGCACCCACAGCCCCCAUUCCAAUCUGUGCCUGCAGAGCAGAAGCAGCUUUCUUCCAAGAAGACUUUGCACCCCCCAGGGACACAAGUUGUUCGGAUUCUAUUAUUUCUCACGUUCUCAGUUUAAGGUGUUUACAGGGGUUUAUUUUUUAAGACUCAAUAAAGGAGUUUGAAUCACCUCAUCAAAA